GAUUUCGAUAAAUUCUUUGAAUGGUAUUUUACAAUGUGAAAAAUUAGAACAAAUUACCAUUUCCGCCUCUAAUGGGAUUUCUUGUAGUGAUGUGAAUAAUAAUCUUUCCGCUUGGGGAUUGAACCAAGAGUUCAAUGUUAUUCCUAUGAACUUGGUGAUCAAGCCACAUCAAGAUCCUCACUAUCAAUAUAGUUAUCCUCGUGAUUUUUCUCGAUUAUACCGUCGAGCCGCAGAAAACUCUGAAAUUGUAUUCUCUGAAAUUGUAUUUACUCGUUCAAAUAUUUACGAAAUUUAUAAUAUUCGUGACCCAUCGCUUCGAG